AGUCCCCCAGGUCGCUUUAAGACAAACUGCUCUCCUCAUGUUUACACCUUCGUGCUGUCGGUCCCUGGCUGCACCAUGAGCAAGUCCGGCACGCUGAAGGGUUUAUUCAAACAAAAAUCCAUCGAGAAGGAGAAGAAGGAGCUGAAACGCUCCGCGACCAUCCACCGGGAUGAUCCGAGCUCUCUGCGACUCCACGACCCGGGCCCCGUUAGCCCCGGAGACGGCAGGACGCCACCCCUGGAUGGGGUCCUCAGUUCCCCGAAAGAAAAGAAACCAAAGCGGUUCUUGUCUCUGAGGCUCAAGAAGAAAAAGCGAAAGGAUGAAGGGGGAGACGUGUUCGAGGAACUGGACAGUUUCAGCAGCCGCAUGAGCUACGACCAGAUGAGCGUUUCCACAGAUAUUGGGCCGGGAUCUGAGUGUGACCCUCAUUCUGACUAUUCCUCUCUGUACAACUUGGAUAUGAACGCUCCGUCCAGCCCCAUGUCUCCCUCCAAACUCAAGGGGGAAAAGAAGGGCGUCCUUGGUCGGUUCACCAGCUUUUUCCAGAGAAGAAAGAGCAGCAGCAGCCAGCAACAGUCAAACACCUCCACAAAUUCGAGCACACCAACUUCUCCUGUGUCUCCCCGUUUCCCUGUAUCCCACGAAGAAGAUGGGUUAAAGCCUCAAACGGGGUCACAUGAUGCAUCCCCUGGAACUGAGCUCGACGACUCCCUCAGUCAAAGCUCCGGCCCCAGUGUGGCCUCUCUGAUUGUGGAUGGGACAGACCUCCCGUUCGCAGACAGCGGCAGCAGCGGCAGGAGCAGUGUGAGGGAGGUGCGUGUGUCCACGGUCAGCGGUGCUGGAGCUCAGAAGAAUUCUGGGAAUGUGACGCCCACCAGUGCAGAGCUUCCAUCUGCUGCCUGUCCAAACUCAGACACAGAUUUAGGCUUUGCAGAAUCAGUGGUGGAAGAAGUUAGCAAGAGAUUGCAUGUUAAUUUGGACAACAACAUCCAGAACUCCAGUGAGGGGAACGUUGUCACCCCUACCACACUGAUGUCAGUUAAAUCCCCACUUUCCUUGACGCUGGACACCCCAACGUCUCCCAACUUAACCUCCAUAUGUUUGGCAUCAAAGAAAACCGUGGUGAAAGUUGGAGAGAAAGGCCACAGCACUGUGUUAAAAGGAAUAACUUUAAGCUCUCAGUCAUCCGUAUCACAAAGCACCAGCAGUCAGCAAGAAAAAAAUGACCCAGAUCCACAGAGGAGAAGAACCGAAGUCAGGAUACCUUCCAGCAGUUUGUCUGAGAAAACUCCAGCUGCGACACAGAGCCCUGUGCCUGAGAGAGAGCAAACAGCCGAAAGGGAUUCUCCCGUCCUGCUCCAUAAAGCCAUCUGGGUGGAAACAUACCUGGGAGAUGAGACGGAGGAGGAGGAGGGAGAGGCGGAUGUAAUGACACAGGAGGAGGAGGGCUUUAGGGUGGACUCACCUCCUGUGCUGGCCAUACCGGUCAGAGUAAUACCUGAGGAUGAGGUGGUAACACAGAAGGGAACCCCACCCGCCCCUUCGGAGAGUUUGCUAUCCGGUGGCAGCUUGCCAGAGUCCGACAUCACCACGGCAGCAACUUCAGAGGAGUUUCAAACAUUCUCGCAGGAGCCGGGAGAGCCCGACACCAGCACGAUCCCAGAACCUGAGUCAUUGGGAGAAAUCCGCUCGACUCGCAAGACCGCGAGUCUGCCGUCAACCAAGGUUUUUGCUCAGAAAGUAAUUAUUGAGCCGGAGCUGAGUUUGGAGGACGACGACGUAGAUUUAACUACUGAUACAUCCAGGAGAGCAGAGCUAAAGGGAUUGACAAACUUCCAACAAGACAAUGAAACUGAAAUCAAAGAUAACAAAACCGAAGCACCAAGAACAACAGAUGAGCCCUCACUGUUCAACACUAAAUAUACUACUGAAACCAUAAUUAAAGAAGAAACUGAGACCCCUGCUUCUGGAGUUACUAUUGCAGCUUCAGACAUGAGCAAACCUAAGUUACAAGAUGAAGACAUUGGAGUAAAAGCCCAAAGUAGUCACAUACCUGCUGCUAAGCAAGGAAUUAAAGGAGCAGUAGACAACUUGCAUGCUUCCACAGGAAGUGGAACAAAGACCUCUUCAUCUGUUGCUGGACUUAAGAUGAAGACUGUCCCAAGAAAGACCACAGCAGGCACAAAAACAGAAGGUUCCAGUGAUCAUCCUUCACUUAAGGAGCGUAGCACUGAGAAACGUGUUUCUGCACUUCCAGUGUUAAAAGAUCAAAGUGGUGUUAGUCACACAAAGCCUAAAACUCAGAAAGUUUCAACAUCAGAAACUGAUGCGAAAUCUCCAGAAGCAUCUGAUAAAAUAUCUGAACCUGAUGUCUUUGGGUUAGCAGUCGUUUCCAAACUUCCAAAGCAAACUAGACCUAAAGAACCUGUCAAGUCUCCAACCAAAUCAGUCAGAAAACCCAGCUUUGAAGAAACCAAAAAUGUGAGAGCCACAUCAGGAAAUAUUUCACCUACAAAAUCUGUGUAUAGAACAGGGAUAAAGCUGAACAAGGAAAAGUCAGAUGAGGAGUAUGUAGACUUUGUCAAUGGAGUGGAGCUUGAGCAAAGAACCGGUAAAAAGGUGAGCCAUCCUGACAAGGACGCUCUGCAGCAGAACCAACAACAGAGUAGUUCAUUCCUGGCAUCAAAAAGUAAGUUGCCAGUUUCAUCUCCAACAAGAAAAACAAAUAUCAGUAUCACACCGACAAGCAGCCACAGCUUUAAAAAAGUGUUGCCUGGUCAGACUAACUCAGACAAAGGUGAAGCAGUCCAGAAACAGACACCAGAAGAGCAAGAAGUAACUCCCAUCGAUGAAAAUGAAACACUGAUGCCGCAGCCUGAAAGUCCAAAGAAAGGAACAGGAAGUAUGCCACCACUGAAACCUUCCAAACCCCUAUCUAAAAGAAGCAUGAGUCAUGAAGAGAAUGACACAGCAGGUCUUUCUUCUUCUCCCACUAAGCAAGAGAAAAACGUGUUCGCAAGGCUCACCAAGCCAAACGAAAACAUGAGACAGCAUGGGAAAUUUCCUGCGAAGGAGCUAACUGAGACUUCAUCAUCCGGGAGCAAGCUUCCCACAAGAAAUCAGAAAAUCGCCAUCAAAUUAAAGCCUAAAAUCCAACAACUCUCAUCAAAAUAUGAGGAUUCAAAUCUCAAUACAGUUAAAGACUCAAUUGUGAAUGAUAAAGAGACUGUCACAACAGAUACUAAGAAGGACAGUGACUGUAAGUCUGCAGAGGAACACAUUAAAAUGGCAGAAAAACAAACUAAAACCCCUCAAACUACAGUGGAAGGAGAUGUUAAAGGUGGAGAGAUUGUUUCGGUUCAAUCUGAGGAAAUCAGGAAUUCAAAAAUUACAGGCGAAACACAGAUGGACGCACACCCAGUAAUCAUUGUAGACAAAGAAAUGUCAGCUAAGUCACGGGUUGCUGGUGGUAAUAAUGCAGAAACUGAGGAAAGAAAGCUGGAAGCCAAAGAACCAAAACCAGAAAAUCAAAAAGACAACAGACAUAGGCAAAAACCAUUAUCAUCAUUUAAAACGUCCACCACAGGUAAAGCCAAAGAUGUGUCAGAGGAGCUGCAAAGCAAGACUAAAUUAAAAUUUGCCAAAGAGAAAAACUCUGCAGUUCAGGUCUUUGACAUUAAACCAGCCCCUAAGGAUGUAACCAACAAGUCAGCCAAGCCUGAGCUGGAUGUAGGCAUUCAUUAUGGCCCAUCAACAGAAACUGGUCAGGAGGGAGUUAUGUCUACAUCAGAAACAAGAAAGAAUAUUCCUGCUGAACUUGUCUCAGACUCACAGAGUCUUGCUGUAGGAUCAGAUGUUGUGAGCUCACCGGACUAUUUGGAGGAUCCAACUAAAGCUAUAAAUAACAGAGUAUCCCAAACAUUAACUGCUGAAGCAGCAAAAGGUUUUGAUGUAGGGGAGAAAAAUAAGGAGGAGGUUGGCUGGAAACCAGCUGAGGCUUUGGAUGCAGAAACAGAGACUGUAACUGUUUGCCAAUUGCCCAAGAAUGUUGAAAAUCAGUUAAACAAAGAGACUCUUUUAGACGAAUCUGGAAGCAAGGAAAAAGACUCGAGGCCAGAUGAAAUGCUUAAUCACACUGCAGCAGAAAGCUCUGAGUCACAAAACAGUUGUAAAGAGAAGCUCAAAGAAAGACCUGUGGACUUUGCAGGGAGAAGAAUUAUGAGUUCAGGGAAAGCAGGCCAUCUCUCAACAGAAGAGAAAAGCUUGCAGCCUAAGGCUACAAAGAACCAACAGGCAGUAGUUAGACAUAUCCUGAAAGGAAAGAAAACCAAGAGCGAGGAAGCAGAGAGCGCAAUAGUUGAAACUGCAGCAAGUAUGAUUGACACAAAACAGCAGAACUUACAAGAAACUUCACAAAGCGACUCUAUGAAUAUAGAGAGACCAAAGCCUCAAAAUAUUGAACCACUGGGGAAAAAUGAAAAGGAAGCCAAGGAGCUAAUAACUAAAAGUAAAAAGAUGAAAGAUGACUCCAGAAAUCUAAUAGGCAAAAAUUAUGAUGUUGUAGAAGAAAAACCAAGUCCUGGAAUAUCAACGACUGACAGCAAAAUGCUGGAGACUGAAUCUGAAGACGUCGCCAAAGAAAAAGAGGAGAUCGUAUUUAAAAAACAAACUAUGAAUAAAACAACAGAACAAAAUGCUCAGACAUUAACUAAUUCUAAAACUGGAGAAGAAGGUGGAAAUAUAACAAAACAAGGAAGAAAUGAAAAUCAUAUAUCAGAUAAUGGACAAAAGGUUGCAAAAACUGAAGAAGAAAAGACAAAGGAGACUCAAGCUGUAAAACUAUCAUUAGUGAGCACUCACGUUGAAGAAAACAAUGUAAAACCUGAAGUUGAAAUCUCAGAGAGCUUUGGGAAUGAAAUUGUAAGAGCUAACAGUGAGGAUGCAAAACAAAAGGUUCAGACAACUAAAACUGUUCUUGAAACAUCGACUAACAACCAACAGGGUCAAGUGAUAGAGACUGGUAAUCAUGAUGGAGUAUCUUCAGAAUCUGAACAUCCGAAAUCUGAAAUUACUGAUUCAUCAUUGCAAAGCUUGUCAAAUGAGACAGAAACUCCAGGACAUAUUAGUAAAGAUACCAACCAACGGGUCCAGGAAGUGUUAACUGUUGGUAGCCAGGAUGGAAUAUCUUCAGAAUCUGAACAACUAAAGUCUGAAAAAAGUUCCUCAAUGCAGACUAUUGUAAAUGAGACAGCCGCUCCAGAUCGUUCCAGCGAAGUUAGCAACAAACAGGUCCAGAAGCCAAUAACUGUUGGUGACCACAAAGGGAAGUCAACAGAAUCUGAAUUUAUAAAAUCCGAAAUCAGGGUUUCAUCGUUGCAAAGUCUGACAAAUGAGGUCACAACAGGAAACCAUACUGAACACAUACCAACACCAGGCUCUGAAGGAGAUAGAGAUGACUCUGCAACAAAAGAUACCGUGACAGAAUGUUUGGUGAAUGAGUUAGAAACUGCUAAUAUAAGAAAUGACCCUGGAGGCCUCCAAGAGUUCAGGCCAAUAAGUGCUAGAGAUGGAGGCGCAGACGAAUUAAAACAAGCUGAAGAUGAAUUGAGGGGAUCUGAACGUUCGAGUAACAAAUCAGUAAAACAACCAGAUAUCGAUGCUGAAGUUCAGGAUAGUAAUGGCACCCAAGAUGCUCACUCUGUUUGCAGUACCACUGCAGUUGGAGAUUUGGUGAAUGAAACAGCAGAUGUUCAGAAGUCAAACACUGGUGUGAUGCAAGAAAAUGAAAUCAAAAUAUCACAUCAAGAAUCUAAAUACUUUGACAUAAAUGUCAAGUUAAGACCAGAAAUGUUGGAAGACAAAGCUUCAGAAGAGACAAAAGAAAGUCAAAUCCAAGAGGUUAAACCUACAACCACCAUGGGUCAAAGUGCUAAAGAAUCUAAAGAAUCUAAAGACAAGACUACAAGUAAGGACCAAUCAAAUGACAGUUUAGUAAACGAAUCAGUUAAUGAAAAUGUCACCAGCAAACUUGAAGUCAAGAAAGACACAAAGUCCACUAUCUCUGGUGACUCAAAUGAAAGUUUAACAAUAUCAGAUCAAGAAAAGUUAACAGGGUCUGCAUCAGAGACAUUAAAAAAGGAAGUUCAAGAGAAGAAAAUACAAAACUAUGGCAUGGAUGCAACCCAAGAUCCUGACAAUCCACUCUCUUAUAAUGAUAGGAAAUUAAAAACAGAACUUCAGGAUUUAUCUUCUGAAAGUUUGUCGAAUGAAACAGUACCUUUGAAAGACAUCAGUGAAGUUGUCAAUACAGAAGUCCAAAGAUCCAAAACUACUAGUGAAAAAGGUGAAGAUUUACCAAACCUAGAUCAAAAAUCCAAAGAUUCAAAUUCUGUAAUAACUGAAGUUGGCUCAAAGGAAACCGGGAUGGAGCACAGCAUCCAGGAUCAUAGCACUGAAGAUCCUAAAGACGACUGUGGUGCUAAAGUCAAGGAACCACUGCUAGUAGCUACAGAGCAGACCCAGAAGCCCUCGACUACUACAGAACAAAAUCGUGGUACAACACCAGGUCAAGACAAGUCAGCACAAUCUGCCACAAAUGCAGACCUGAAAGAAAAACUGGAGUCAGUAAUACCAGCAGAGUCAAAGACUGAAAUUCAAGAGCUGAAUGCCAGAACUGAAGGAGUUCAGAUUCAUGACCAUGAAAAAACUGCACCAAUUGACCCAUCAGUCGAUCAGGCAAAGAAUAUUGAAAUUCACAAAGCAGACACUCAAAAAGAACAAAGUAUCUCAACUGACAAAGAUGGCAAAGUUGAGAUUAAAUCAGACAUACAUUCCAAUGUUUCUGAUGAUACCGUUUCAAGAGACCUUCAGGAGAAGACACCAAUUGUUUUAGGAAAUACAGAUAACCUGACUGCUGCCAAAGAAGAACAGGAUGCAAACGUCACUGCUGUGGUUCAAAAUAUACCAAACACAAGUGUUUGCGCAGUCCAAAAGAAAGCGUCUUCCAUUGGUUCAGUUCAAGUAUCACUUAGGAAUGAUGCUCUGAAGACUGAUGAGGUCUUUGAAGAAAGUAUUCAAAAACCUGAAUCAUCUGCAGAGAGGUUCACUGCAGGUCGUGGUUUGAAACACGAGGCACACGAAAUUUCAAAAAAAGCAACAACUCAACUCUUUGAUUUUGACAAGGCUAAGCCUCCAGGGAAACCGGUUCCACCCAAACUGACUCCGUCCGCCUGGUUGGACGUGGAAGACCGUCACAAAAAGAAAAAGGGACGCAGAAGAAAUGAAGAUGAGACAGCUAGUGAUGACGACUUACUUGAGCCAGAGGAAGUUGAUGAUUUUCUCAGUAGUGUCAGAGGAGGAGGAAUACCCUUUUCACUGCCUCGAAAGAAACAUAUUCGUAAAAAACUCCAGUCCCCACCUUUUGCUAUGCCAGCCAUCAGGGAGGACCGCUUUGAGCGGACAUUUGAUCCAGAGCAAUUUCAGUUUGGCUUAAGAAAAACUGAGAGACGCAUGGACCUUUCUCCAGCUAUGGUAAUCAAACAAAAAAAUGCUAACAGGAAUGGCAGUAGUACUGACUCUCAAGAGAGCGGCACCUCAGCAGACAAACUAACAACUCAUAAGGUUGAAGGACAGGAUGAGGCCAAAGAGGAGACUCAGGUCAAAGAGGGAAAACCAGAGAGGCAAAACAAUGAGCCGGGGAAGAUGACGUCAAGACUCGAGAGGAUGUCCAUCCUCACAGACUUGCUUAGCUCCCCUCGGACCUCCAGGAAGUCAAGAACUGAAGCUUCCUCUGCCUCAAACAGUACAGUCCCGUCUAACCAGCAGCAAGACGUUGGACCGCAGGGAGUUACUGCCUUGCCUCUGCCUGUUCCCCCUGCUGAUAACAGGGGCGUGAAAGGUGCAGAUCAAAGCUUGAUUUCAGAAGGUGGAAUAGUUGCUGUUAGUGAGUCACCAUGUAGCUCCUCCUCUGUUCCUCCUCUGUCGGUGCUCUCUGAGAUGGACCUGCCUGAUCAUUCAGAGAAACAGCUCAAGAAAGACACACCAGAGCCAGAGGCCUCCAUGGACUUUACACAGACAGCUGACCUAACCCCUCCUGCUAUGGAGCAGUUGUCAAUUACAAACAUAUCCAUUGUGGAUGCGGGCCCGAAGAAUCCUACAGUACUGCCUUCUACAACAAACUACAAUCAUGAGAUAUCUCAAAAUGGACUUUGUACAACUAAAAUCAAGAAACCUGUGGUUAGAGGACACCACAGAAGACCUGGGAAGAUAGUCAUACACGAACAUGCUCAGUUUGGUGGGGAGGCAUUUGAAGUCUAUGGUGACGUAGAAGAUUCCACCUCGAUGAAACUGUCACCUGUGAUAUCGAUCAAAGUCAUCAGAGGAUGCUGGCUUCUCUAUGAAAAGCCUGGCUUCCAGGGUCGUAUCCUUGCCCUGGAAGAGGGUCCCAUGGACCAGCUAGUGAACAUGUGGGCAGAGGAGGGAACUCCAGAGACGCUAAAUGAAUUGGGUCAACCUGUUCCAACAGCACCGAUGGUUGUAGGUUCCCUUCGGCUGGCAGUCAGAGAUUACAGCAUUCCCAGGAUUGACCUGUACUCAGAGGUGAACGGGUUAGGGGGGAUGUCAUCUUAUUGUGACGACACGCCAGAUCUCGGUUCAUAUGGGAUCCCACAGACCACAGGCUCCAUUAAGAUUCACUCUGGAAUCUGGUUGGUGUACUCUGAUCCAGGAUUUGAUGGACUGCUUGAAGUGUUAGUGGAGGGAGAGUAUCCCCACCCGCAGAGUUGGGGUUUCCCUGAGCCUUUCAUUGGCUCUCUCAGACCGCUCCGAAUGGGACCAAUAAGGGUGGAGCACCCAGCUGAUGUUAAGGCUCUUGUGUUUGAAAAGCCAAACUUUGAUGGGCAGUGUUUGGAGCUGGAUGGUGAUGUCUACAACUUGCUGGAGCAACAAAAAACAGAUGGGAAGAACACAACUCUUUGUUCAGUUGGCUCUAUAAAGAUCCUCGGGGGUCUCUGGGUUGGCUAUCAGGAGGCAGACUUUGAAGGCCAGCAGUACAUCCUGGAGGAGGGCCAGUAUCCUCACUGCAGUGAGUGGGGAGGGUCUGAGGACGGCCUACAGUCACUGCGGCCUGUACUUGCAGAUUUCCAGUCCCCACACCUGAAACUGUUCAGUGAUCCUAAUUUUAAUGAGCGGGGGGGCCACAUGGACUUGGUGGGUCCCGUCAUCAGCAUGGAAGAAGUUGGCCGCAGCACUAAAACCCAGUCAGUCACCGUCACAGGAGGAGUCUGGGUGGCGUUUGAACAACCUGCCUUCAGUGGAGAGCUCUAUGUCCUGGAGAAAGGCAUGUACUCAAACCCAGAGGACUGGGGAGCACAGAACUUCAACAUUUCAUCCAUACAGCCCAUCUUCCAUGACAUGCUGAUGGGAACAACACGGUUUAAGAUCCAGUUGUACUCUGAACCAGAGUUUCAGGGAAGGCUGCUGGCUCUGGACGGCAGUGCAGAUGCUCUGGAUGCUGAUUUCACACCCAAGUCAUGUAAAGUCCAGGCUGGCAGCUGGGUGGUGUAUGAGGAAGCUAAGUUCAAAGGGAACAUGUAUGUCCUGGAGCAAGGAGAGUACCCCAACACAGAGGCCAUGGGCCUCCUGUCGUCAGACUCCUUCAUUCGAUCAGUGCAGACAACUGGACAUGAGUUCUCCCUGCCCUCCAUCAUCUUGUUCAACAAAGCGGGCUGCAGAGGUCGCAGGGUCGCUUUCACGAGUGGAGCAGUAAACCUGCUGCAGACUGGCAUGGAUUCACGCAUACGCUCCCUGCUGGUGGAGGGAGGAAUGUGGGUGCUGUAUGAAGGAAACAACUACAGAGGCCGACAGCUGUUUAUCCGUCCGGGUGAAGUGGGCGACUUCUGCAAGCUCAGCAACUGGCAGCGAAUAGGGUCCCUCCGUCCACUGAUGCAGAAACCGAUGUACUUCCGUCUGCGGAACAGGGAGACGGGAUGUCUGAUGACUCUGACUGGAACACUGGACGACAUCAAACUGAUGAGGAUCCAAGCUGUGGAGGAGACGGGAGGAGAAGACCAGCUCUGGCUCUACCGAGAUGGACAAAUAUCCUGCAAGCUGAUGGAGGAAUGCUUCCUGGAGACGGCAGGUAGCGUGGUAAUGUCAGGUACACGACUCUGCAUCUCUUCAGAGCGAGGCAAAGACAACCAGCUGUGGAGCAUCACCCAGGACGGACUGGUCCGCUGCCACCUUAACCCAAAUCUCAUCGUGGAAGUCAAAGGAGGCCAUCAGUACGACAAGAACCAGAUCAUCCUGAACGAUUUGGAUGAAAAGAAGUGGAUCCAGAGGUGGAUUUUAGAGAUUCUGUGAUCUGAUGAGGACCAAUUAGCCGACUGCUUUAAUGCACAUCUGUCGAGGAUAUUUUCACCUGUUCAUUCUUUUCGAGAAGGAAAACUAUGAGCUGGUGUUUGCUAUUUAGAACGUACGAUUUACAUAGGAAGACACGUUUAAGUUUUUGUCAAGCAUUUAGUACCACGUUUUCUCUUCAUGUAGCAAAAACUCUGCCUCGUUCUGAUGCUGCAUACUUUAUCACCUGUGGUACUUUUCAUUGCAUGGGUCAUAAAUCUCUAAUUUUCCUGCAGAUAUGAAUGUAUAUAUCUUACUUCAGGAUGUUGCAGAAGGCAUCAAUGGUUUCUUUGCAUAGAUCAAAAUGAUCUUGUAUAAAGUUUUUAUAUCUUUUUAGGACUUUUUGACACAAACUGUGCCUUGUUCAUUACACUGUACAUAAUUCGCCUCGAUGUACAAACUGAUUUACAAUUUUAAACAACAAUGCAAUUAGAAUAUUGCCCCCUAGUGGUUGUAAAUAUGUGAGAAAAUGUUUGUCGUUACAGGUUGUUACAAUAAAAUAAAAAUUAUUUUUCACUGUU